AUGGAUCCAGACCAGUUCAAUCACUGCCAGGCUCGUCUGUCGACUGGCAGGACGUAUCACUAUGUAGACGAGAAACCAGCCAACAACAACGAUGAGGCUCUGACUCUCUUGUGCAUCCAUGGAUUCCCAGAUUUAUGGUAUGGUUGGCGCCAUCAGAUAAAGCCAUGGGUCGAGCACGGCUAUCGAGUCGUCGUGCCAGACAUGUUGGGGUACGGUAAGACAGACAUGCCCACAGAGACUUCCGCCUAUUCUACGAAGAAUCUCUCCAACGAUCUCGCUGCACUCUUGGACAUUAUCGGCGUUCAGAAGGCAGUCGUCGUAGGACACGAUUGGGGCGCGUUCAUCGCGAGCAGAUUCGCACUCUGGCACCCCGAUAGGUUGCUCGCUCUCGCCAUCUUGUCUGUUCCAUAUGCACCGCCUAUGAAGCAGUACUACUCGCUUGAGCAGAUUGUGCAGUACUUCCCGUCAUUUGGCUACCAACUCUAUUUUGCAUCCGAAGAAUCCGCGGCUGAGAUAGAUGCCCACCUUCCCACUCUCUUCUAUGAUCUUUACAGAGCCCCAGACACCAGAAUUAAAACCGUGCUGCAAGUCGGUCGAAUGCGCGAAGUCCUGUUGAGCGCACCUGAAAUUGCUUAUUACGUCUCGAACUACGAGAGAGGCAUGAUUGGACCGUUAUCCUAUUAUCGCACGACUCAAAUUCGAUUCGAAGAGGAGCUUGCUGCAUCCCUUCCGUCCAAGCCCCGCCUUACAAUGCCAGUCAUCUUCAUAGGUGGGAAAGAGGACAAAACUAGUAAUCUUGCGGCCAUCGAAGCGCAUAGGGCGUUGAUAGACAAGUUCACCGUGGUCGUGUUGGAAGGCAAAGGUCAUUGGUUGAUGUUGGAGGCCCCAGAGACCAUUACGAAUGAAAUAUUGUCGUGGUUGAAUGGUCUAGGUAUAGUCCCUGGUACUCAGCAGCGACUCCAUUUGUGA